UGCAUAUUACCAGACAAUAAAGGGGAUAAAAAAGGUCCCUUUCAAGUUAGCAGAGCCUUCUAUUGUUACGGGCCUUUGAACUCUUUCCAUAAAUUACAGGUAUAAGCUUUGCAGUGCCCAGCAGUGAUUUAUAAGGCAAAUAGAAAGGGCACUUUCUUAAGUGAGCCGUCACUCUGGCGUGUAGCGGCGCCUAUUGGCCUCCGGGAGAAGAAGGCUCCACCCCCUGACCGACUGCCGCAGACUCGGGUCCGCUGCCGGUGAAGGCACUUACAAAGAGUAAAGAGGGGAGCCAGAGCUGCUUGUGAGCGGUUCGAGUCAGUGCGACUUCCGAUGUUCUGCUAACAGCGAGUGUGCAAACAACUAAUGGCCGGGGUACUGUUACAUCAGCAAACGUAGGAAAAAAAAAAAAAAGAAAGAAAAAACACUCCUGACAGGAACGGUUUGUUGUCUCAGGUUUGUGGGUCAAGAAGAUGCAUCCGUUAUGGAACUGCUGCUGCCCCUCCACCAGGAUCGGCAUGUCUAGGAAUGCAACUUGUGGCAGCGGCAAUGGUGUGUGAUGCUUGGAGAGCCAGUUCUGGUACGACAUUGGACUCAGAGACUGCUUAUCAUUUGGGCUUGUUGCAGGCUACCCUUGGUUUUUUUAGGGGUUUCUGGGACCACUGCGGAAUAGCUGGAAAAGGGUGAGAGUAUUAGCAGAGAGCACCGGUGGUUUCCCAAAGCUUGGAUUUAUUACUGUGUUUAUUAACGGUGGAUUUUUCAUUGGAUAUUUAGCUACUAAGGAGCUCAAGACAUCAUGAAUUCAGUGGCAGGCAAUAAGGAUCGGGUACCAACCUCGACGAGAAACCGCAAAUAUGGGGUGACUGAAGUUUGCUCCCCGACCAAGACAGCGUCUUUUUCCCCUGAGAGCUGGUACCGCAAAGCCUAUGAGGAAUCCAGAGCUGGCCCUCGACCUGCUCCCGAGGGAGCUGGCUCAGUCCCUGGCUCCUCUGGUACCCCUUCCCCUGGAUCGGGAACCUCAUCACCGGGCUCUUUUACAGGAUCUCCUGGAACAACCUCGCCCGGCAUUGGCACUGGAUCACCGGGAUCACUAGGUGGCUCUCCUGGUUUCGGUACUGGAUCACCUGGUUCCGGCAGUGGAGGGUCUCCGGGAUCGGACCGAGGGAUUUGGUGCGAGAACUGCAAUGCUCGACUGGUGGAAUUAAAACGACAAGCACUCAAGUUACUAAUUCCAGGACCGUUCUCCAGCAAGGACCCGGCCUUUUCAGCUGUAAUACAUGAUAAACUGCAAGUGCCAAACACCACCCGCAAGGCUUGGAAUGAGAAAGACAAUAGAUGCGACAUCUGUGCCACACACCUGAACCAGCUGAAGCAAGAAGCCAUUCAGAUGGUGCUGACUCUUGAGCAGGCUGCCAAUGUCGAGCAUAAUGAUGCCUCACCAGGGUCUCCCCCACUUUCAAGCAUCCCUACACUGGUGGGCUCACGUCACAUAGGUAGCAUGCAGGCCCCAAGGGAAUGGGCCUAUGUUCCUGCUACAUUCACUGCACCUAACUAUACAAGCUUUCCUGCAAACAAGCUCUCCAGUAAACCUAACAGCCUUGGCAUUGUCAGUGCACUAGAAAAGAAAACUGGUUCUCCCAUACACCAAGCAAAUGCGACUCCACAGAUGCCAACAAGUCCAAGCAAUGGAAAUAUUCUGAGCUCUGUCGCUAUUCAAGCUCAUCAGUACCUAGACGGCACAUGGUCUAUGUCUAGAACAAAUGGUGUCACAUUGUACCCCUAUCAGAUCUCCCAGCUGAUGUCAGAGAAUGGUCGUGAGGGGCUCACUGAGGCAGUCCUGAACCGUUACAAUGCUGACAGGCCCUCUUUGUACAGUUUUCCUGCAUCACAAAACACUUAUGUCUCCAGUGUUGCACCUAGUGGUACCUCAGCUGCUGCAUCUUUCUUUGCAAGAGCUGCUCAGAAGCUGAACUUGUCUUCCAAAAAGAAGAAGCAUCGUUCUUCUCCGUCAUAUGCUUUGGAUCCUCCACUGUUCCCCACCAACUUCAGCAGAACCCUUCAAAUAUCACCUCCUCCUGCACCACCAUGUUUGCUGAGGGCAGUUGGCAAAGUGAAAGACAACCCUGGCCUUGGAAAGGUAAAAGUGAUGCUACGGAUUUGCCCAUCUUUCGCUGGAGAUUCAGCUGAAUCCAGCUCCUUUUUGAAAGUUGACCCACGGAAAAAACAAGUUAUGUUGUAUGACCCUUCGUUGAGUGAAGGCCAGAACUCCUCUCAGAAACGUACCGCCAACCAAGUACCACCAAAGAUGUUUGCAUUUGAUGCUGUGUUCUCACAGGAUGCUUCUCAGGCUGAAGUGUGCGCUGGAACGGUUGCAGAAGUAAUCCAGUCUGUGGUGAAUGGGGCAGAUGGCUGUGUCUUCUGCUUUGGUCACCUCAAGCUUGGAAAGUCUUACACCAUGAUUGGAAAGGAUGACUCCACACAGAACCUUGGCAUAAUCCCCUGUGCCAUAUCCUGGCUCUUCAAGUUGAUUAAUGAGCGUAAAGAGAAGACUGGAGCCCGCUUCUCAGUUCGGGUGUCAGCAGUUGAAGUCUGGGGCAAAGAAGAAAACUUGAAAGAUUUGCUUUCUGAAGUAGCUACUGGUAGCCUACAGGAUGGCCAGUCUCCAGGGGUCUAUCUCUGCGAGGAUCCUAUAUGUGGCAUGCAGCUUCAGAACCAGAGUGAGCUCCGCGCUCCUACUGCAGAGAAAGCAGCCUUUUUCCUGGAUGCUGCCCUUGCUGCCCGACAUGGAAGUAGACCGGAAUGUGAUGAAGAGGAUCGUAGGAAUUCCCAUAUGCUCUUUACUCUCCACAUUUACCAGUACAGAAUGGAGAAGAACGGCAAAGGUGGAAUGUCAGGAGGCCGCAGUCGAUUGCACCUCAUUGACUUGGGCAGCUGUGUAAAAGUACUAAGCAAAAGUCGAGAUGGUGGAUCCGGACUUUGUCUGUCACUCUCUGCUCUGGGGAAUGUUAUCCUUGCUCUCGUAAAUGGCAGCAAACACAUACCAUACAAAGAAAGUAAACUUACAAUGUUAUUACGUGAAUCAUUGGGAAACAUGAACUGCAGAACAACCAUGAUUGCACAUAUCUCUGCCACAGCAAGUAAUUAUGCAGAAACUCUUUCCACCAUUCAGAUUGCUUCAAGAGUGCUGAGAAUGAAGAAGAAAAAGACUAAGUACACGUCAAGUUCUUCUGGUGGAGAGAGCUCCUGUGAGGAGGGAAGGAUGAGGAGACCAACCCAGCUGCGACCAUUUCAUGCCAGAAAUGUGGUUGAUCCAGACCUUCCAAUGCUUGGUCUUUCAAGUGAUCCUGACUAUUCCUCAAGCAGUGAACAGUCAUGUGACACUGUCAUCUAUGUAGGCCCAAAUGGCACAGCACUUUCUGACAAGGAGCUUACUGAUAAUGAAGGUCCACCUGACUUUGUUCCGAUAAUCCCUUCCUUACAGAAAAUGAAGCCCGAGGCAAAACAAGAAAGUAAUACUGAGACAUCUGCCAACAGUUCUGAAAAGGACUGCCUAAAAUGUAAUACCUUUGCAGAGUUGCAGGAAAGACUGGACUGCAUUGAUGGCAGUGAAGAAACAACUCCAUUUCCUUUUGAAGAAAUUCCUGUUCAGUAUGGUACAAACCAGAUGCCAAGAUUUGACGGUAUGCAACCUGCUUUGGUGGAAUUCAAACAUGUGUCAGAGAACUGUAAAGCAGAAGCAAAAAUAGUACAUCAGUUGACGGAUGUGAAUGGUAAAGACAGUUAUAUUUCAGAUACCACUAAACAGAGUGGGCUGUGCUGUACUCAGACAGCUACCCCCACUGAAAUGUCAGCACCUUCCUCACCCAGGAGUGUAACAGGCAGCUGCAGUAGUCACUCUGACUCCUUGCAGAUGUCACAUCAUAGUAAUCUACACAACAGCAGAGAGUCCCUGUCAGCUAGCGGCUUUGUAGAAAGUAAGCCUAGACCUAUGGGUUCCCCAAGACUUGGCAUUGCUAGCCUCUCCAAAACCUCAGAUUAUAAACCCCCAAGCUCUCCGUCUCAGAGAUGCAAAGUCUACACCCAAAAAGGAGUGCUACCCUGUCCUGCUGUUCCUCCAAGUCAGAGUUUAAAUAGUUGCUCUGGAAUUAUUUCAGUGGAAUCACUUCUCCAGCCAGAGAUCAGAACACCUCCAGUUGGAAUGAGUCCUCAGAUAAUAAAAAAAUCGGUGUCUUGUCAUAGUGGCAGUUCCAUGGAAACUACAGUGUCAGAGGACCAAUGUUCAAAUGGACUUUCAGAAUCUAAGGAUGAGGCCACAAACAUGACUACAGUUACUGUUCAGCAGCCUUUGGAGUUAAAUGGAGAGGAUGAACUAGUUUUCACAUUGGUUGAAGAGCUAACUAUUAGUGGUGUACUGGAUAAUGGGCGCCCAACUAGUAUUAUCAGCUUCAACAGUGAUUGCUCUGUGCAGGCUGUGGCUUCAGGUUCCAGACCGGUUAGUAUUAUCAGUAGCAUCAGUGAGGACUUGGAGUGCUAUUCUAAUAUGACUGCAGUGUCUGAAGUCUGCAUCACAAAGUUCUUGCCACUCAAUAAACCAGGCCAUAAUGACAAGGGUCAAGAUUCAGGCAGCAGGCGUUCCUCCAUUAGCUCAUGGCUCAGUGAAAUGAGUACUGGUAGUGAUGGCGAGCAAUCUGGCCAUAGCUUUGUAGCCCAGACAUGUUAUGGCCAAGGUGAAGGGUUGGCAGAUCCACCUGUAGCUGAGCUCCUAAGUGCACUUCAGGAUGAUUGUACGUUGUUUAUGAAUGAUAAGAAGCAUACUUUACGGGAUGGUUUGUACAUUAUACCAGAAAAGGCAAAUGAUAUUCUAAGUAAGGUGUCACCUUUCAAAAGUGUCAACAUUAAUUCUUUGGGCAAAGCUACUGUCAUGAUCUCAAGUUUGACCAGCUGUGAAAAUUACAUCCCCAUGAAGACCAACAUCACUGUUUAUCCAUGCAUUGCAGUAAAUACUCUUACAUCUCAAACGCCAAGUGAUAUCUUGUCAACCUCCAAACUGACUACAAAAGUCAAUGAAAACAAUAAUGAAGAGUCUUGUGAUGGACAAGAAAUGCAGUUUCAGGACCCAUGGAUGAAGCGUGAGGAAUCCCCCAAACAAGACAGCGAUAUUUCCAAUGCUGACACUGUCAGUGAACAAAGUUCCGACCGACUCAGCAGUAGUAGCAGCAGUAGUGGAGUAGCAUCAAACUCACCCAUCUGCAGCGACAGCCAAAAAAGGAUCGUUGAUGGAUGUAAAAUGGCUCUUUCAAGUUCUGGUAGCCAGAGCUCUUUCCAUUCAGUUGAUGUUUCAAGAAAUGGAAGCUUGUCCAGAGGACUCCAAAAGCUAAGCAAACAAGAAGACUUAGACAGUAUGUCUGUUCGAUCUUCCUGUUAUGGAUCAGACAGUAAUGGAACAUCUGCUGCCACGUCACAAGCUUCUACUCCAUGCAGUCCAAAGGCAACUUUAGAAAGACGAGUUUCUUCACCUAAGCAUUGUGUUCUAACACGCCCUAAAGGAACACCACCUUUGCCUCCGGUUAGAAAGUCAAGCCUCGAUCAAAGAAACAGAGCUAGUCCACAACAUACAUCUGGCAACUGUGGCUCAUCAAAUCCUGCCAUAUCCUCCAUUGCAAAUGCACCUGAUGAAUUUUUGUGCAAUGGAAAGCCAAAGUGUUCGAAUACAGAUAGUAGCAGUAAGCUAUUCAGUGCCAAACUUGAGCAACUAGCAAGCAGGACAAAUUCUUUAGGCAGAUCCAAUACAAGUCAUUAUGAAUGCUUUUCCUUGGAAAGAGCAGAAAGCUUGACUUCGAUGGGUUCAAAGGUGAGCCCUAUUAGAGACAGCACUAUGCCAAGAACAGGGCGAAGCUUGAGCCGUUGUUUUGUUUCAUCACCAACUAACUCUGGUAUUUCUCAAAUGUCAGGAGGUUCUCCAAAAGUUAACCAGUCCAAAAUAUCUGCAGUGAGUAAGCUUCUUUUGGCAAGUCCAAAGUCUCGUAGCUUGUCCUCUUCUUGCACUAAGACAUUAAGUUUCUCUACAAAAUCUCUGCCUCAAUCUGUUGGACGAAGUUCAAGUUUGCCUCCAAAUGGAAAAAACAUGUCAUGGUCAACCCAGUCACUUAGCAGAAACAGAGGGUCUGGGCUAGCUUCUAAACUUCCUCUAAGAGCUGUUAAUGGGCGCAUAUCUGAGCUACUUCAAGGAGCCGUUGGUGCAAGAUCGAGUCUUCUAAGAGAAUCAUCAGAUCUGGAUGAACGAGGAGCUCUACAUGCAGAUGAAAAGCCUGUAGUUCAUACACUUCCCUCACCAUAUAGCAAGAUUACCCCACCAAGGAAGCCUCACCGCUGUAGUAGUGGCCAUGGCAGUGACAAUAGUAGUGUACUGAGUGGAGAUCUUCCACCGGCCAUGGGGAAAACAGCCUUAUUUUAUCACAGUGGUGGAAGCAGUGGCUAUGAGAGUAUGAUAAGAGACAGUGAGGCAACAGGAAGUGCUUCUUCAGCUCAGGACUCCAUGAGUGAAAACAGCAGCUCAAUCAGCGGAAGAUGCCGGAGUCUUAAAUCUCCAAAGAAAAGGACUAACUCAGGUUCACAGAGGCGGAGGCUUAUUCCUGCUUUGUCACUUGAUUCAUCUUCUCCAGUAAGGAAGCCUGCAAAUAGUCCUGGGCUGCGCUGGGUUGAUGGUCCAUUGCGGACAUCACAGAGAGGCAUAGCUGAACCUUUUGAAAUAAAAGUCUAUGAAAUUGAUGAUGUGGAAAGGUUGCAGAGGAGAAGACUGACUAUGAGCAAGGAGGUCAUUUGCUUCAAUGCCAAACUGAAAAUCUUGGAGCAUCGCCAGCAACGAAUUGCAGAGGUUAGAGCUAAAUAUGACUGGCUGAAGAAGGAACUGGAGGUGACAAAACAGUACCUGAUGCUGGAACCAAACAAAUGGCUCAGUGAAUUUGAUCUAUCACAGACCUUUGAAGUGGAUUCUCUAGAGUACUUAGAGGCCCUAGAAUAUGUCACAGAACGGCUGGAGCAUCGUGUCAACUUCUGCAAGGCUCACCUCAUGAUGAUUACUUGUUUUGACAUUACAUCUAGACGCCGAUAAGGUGAAUACAUACCCAAAGAGAAAAGAAUAAUGAAGACUGCCAGUGUUAAGUGUGGAUUGUGUACGAGGAGUUAUUUUAUUUCACUUUUUUUUCCCGUGGAAGAAUCUGUAAAAAUAAAUAAAUAAAUAAAUGAAUAAAUAAAUAAAUAAAUGGACAUUAAUGUAUAUGAAAGAAGGAUUGCUGGGAUCCAGGGAUGUACAAGUCUCUUGUAGACUGAACGAGCACUUUGAGGAAUCUUGAGGAUUUGUUGUAAAUAUGGAUUGUGCGUUACAGGGAUCGAUCGCUCUUUUACUGGGGAAGAAUGUGGGGCUGCUACUUAGUGUUUCAGAGGUGUUAUACAGAAGGACUAUAAGUGCCUUGCAAAUCUUUAUAAUCCAAACAUUAAACAUUAUUCCAUUCUUGUGUACAGAUGGUGCUAGUUAAAACAAACAACCCUUUAAAAUGUAUUUACAGCUUGUUUUACUUGGUGUUUUAUCCUAUUUCUGACUUGCUGUUUAUAAGUAACUUGUAUUAGUAGAGGUAUUCAAUAGUCAGGAAGCAGCGUAUGAUUCAAUGUUAGCUGUAUUUUUAUUAUUAACCUUCAGUCCACUCAAACUGAAGGCCUGGUGUUUCAAAUGGGAGGUUGUACAAUUUAUUGAAUGUUAUGAGUUGCAUGGGAGGUGGAUGUUAGCCUUAGGCCAAAAUACCACAUUCUGUUUCCUUAAGUUUGGUGUUUCCUUCGAGCUCUGUGUCAUCUGCAGAGCUACAGUUACAGAACUGCUGGCUUUGAUGGUAGGUUGUAUCUGCUGGCCUAAGGGUUUAUGUCGCAGAAACGUGCACUUCAACUACUACACAUAUAGAUUUCAUCUUAACAUGAAUGGCCCAGUAAACUGUUCACUUGAAAUGUUAACAGCUCAGUGUAAGUAUUUUGAACCUAACAGCAAAAGUUUGAGUUACUACCUGACACACAGAGCAUAUUUUGUCAUAGGAAAGGUUUUGAAUUGCAGAAGUGUCAUCAUUUCCACAUGCAUUGAAAAUGGCACAGCAGAAGUGAAACUUCUUUAGCACUUAUUUAGUUAUCAUAGUCUUAAAUAUUGCUUCUGGUAUCCUAACAUUCUUUUUAUUAUUAAAAAAGAUUCAUACACCAAUCAUUUUGUAAUAAGACUACCAUUCUUCUAUAUGGUAGCAAAAUAAAAAAGUGUGAGUGUGCUGAAGAGACAUGUUUUGAUAUUAAUGUGAGGAUCACUAGCCAACUAAGCGGAUUGCACCAUUGAAUAUCAAAUCCAUUCUUUACAAGUUUGUACUGCAUCUUUGCAUGUGCGCACGUGUGUAUGUAUACGUCUGUAGGUGUAUUCUGUGAUGAAGGAAAAAAAGAAGAACUAUCCCUACAUGAGUCCACUAAUUUCACACAUGCUGGUCACAUAAAUCUGACAUACUGUGACGGAAGUGGACUGCUUAGUGGCUGCCACUAUAAACCUUGAGGUUGUAGUAGCUGGCUCUGAAGAGAUUUAGUCUGUCCAAAGGACAAGUCUACAUUUGAUUCCAUCUGCUUUUGCAGGUGUAUUUUGAUUGACAAGUGUAUUUAUGCUUUUCUGUUAUAAUUAGAAUUAUUGUCUAGUUUAUCCUAGUUCACUAAUAGAUGUAAAAGUCUGAGAUAAAAUUUAGUGACAUAAAAAAUGUUCAAAGCUGGACCCUACAAAUUUGCCAAGCCUUCAGAAUUUAGAGAAAUUACAUUAAAAAGUAAGCCGAAAGCAGACCAUUGCUUUUUUUGUUGAAUUCCUUUACUGAUACUGUCCAUCUGUCAAAUACAUCCCCACAUUCUGUGCAUUUCUCAUGCAUGGUUCACUGUUUUUGUUUGUUCUGGCAUUUUUCUGCUUUUCAACCCGUUACCUAAAAGUCCCUCAUCCAAUCCGGUACAAAUGAGGCAACCCACAGCCAGGGUUUACAUAUCAGUGUUCAAUCUUCAGUUUAUCUUAUUUCAACAAUUGUUAUGUGUCUGACACUCGUUCCCAGUUACGAUCUGUACAAAUCCAUUUGUGUACCAAUAUCUGUUAAUUUUACAUUUAACCUUACAAUCUAUCAAACCUUUAACUUAUCAAAGAAAACAGUGAACCUAGCCAUAACUAACCUGAUCCUAAUCACAAAAUUGUUCCUGGAAGAGCUAAAAGUUGUCAGAAGAGUCAUGGGGCAAUAUUUAGGCAUCUGUUAACAAUUUCAUUACAGUUGCAUUAUGACAUGUCACAGCCCAUAAAAUGUCAGUUUUGCUUGCUUUUAGCUUUCAUUUGUUUAUUCUUUUCAGAACCAGAAAAUGGGCAAUAAAAGGGAAAUUGCAUGAGCAGCUGAGUUGUAGGCUGAAAUAAAAUCAAAAGGCAAUGUUGUAUUCUUUGUGGAUUGUUGCUAUAGUAUUAUAGCUUGCUGUACAGCUACAAAGACAGUGAUCUGUUUGACUUGCCAUUAGGCUUGGGGAAUAGGCAUAAAAAUAUUUUCUUUACUAGUUGCAUGGUUUAACAGGGAUGACAGGGCCCUCCUUUCUUUGAACUGUUUUCUUUUUGCGACGAUAACCUAGUGAAUUGAGUGAUUGACACACUGUGGCUGGGCUACAGUUGAGAUACUUAACAGCAGACAUCAUAAAAACUUAGAAACUCAUUGACUGCAUUACCUGUCUGAUAGUGCCAGCUAUCUAAAAUACAGUUUAGAUCCUAUUUUGGUUCUUUUAAUUCCCUUAUGUUGGGAUGCAGCUUUCGUUUUAGAGAUGGCCACCUCAUUUACAGAAUAGCCUGCACAAGCACAUGCACCCUCAGCUUCUUAGCUGACCUUGGCUACAACUUUGUAUUUCUCUGCUUUACCAGCUAGCUAGUCAUUGUGGACCUAAACGUUCAUCUCUCAACUGCAGUAAUUCAGUUUUCAAUGCAACACAUAUUCAAAUAUGUAUAAAGUCAUUUUAAUUUAUUAUGGAGUUUGAAAAAUGAGAUAGAAAGCUACUAAUGUGGCAAGCUAACACAGAUUGCGCACUGUACUUGCCUAUGUAUGGCCUUUGGAAAGGGAUUAAUUUGAUUGCUGGAAAGCUGCAGGUAGUCAUGUCUCUGCAGUUGCAUUUGGAUGCAGAUGAUCUAUAAUGUGCCUCACAAGUAAGACAUGAAGGGGAAAAAGUAGGUGUUUGGUCAGGCUCCAUGGAUUGUAUGCAGAAACUGUUAUCUUGAUAAGGAAGCUACACAUAUAUAUGCAUACACUCACACCCACACAGACACACAUACACAUGCACACAUACUCACUCCAACACACACACACACAC